GCACAGUGUACCACAGUGGAGUGUACGUGUGUGUGUGUGUGUGUGUGUGUGUGUGCGUGUGUUUGUGUGAAAAUUGUGUGCACUUAAAACAACAAACGCAAACAAAAUCCUUAGGAUCCCAUCCUAGAGAUCGUGCGAUUCCCUUCUUGCCGUUGGAAGUAACGUUUUUUAUCCUUUAAAAGGGUAUCGACAAGCAGUUAGCAAUCGCUAGUGCAGCACGAAGAGAGCGACUUAGACCCGUAUGUUCCUUUGAUUUUUUUUCGCCUGGUAACUAUCUCUAAACCAAUGUGAUCCCAUCUCGUAACGUAGCAACAUAGACAGACAAGAGCAGAGAAGACACACGACGGAGCUGGUAAUUCGUAUUGUAAUCUCGUAUGAAGCGCUCUUUGCGUUUGAAUUAGCACGUACUCCACGGCUGGAGUACUGUAAAUAGUAGCAUAAUAAUAGGAGUUUCGACAGUGGAAUGUCGCUUUUGUCCGGUACUCAAACCAACAGGAGAGCAUGUGCGUGAUAAUUACCUACAUCUAUGAAACUUAAUUUAAGGUAGAAAAGCCAUAAGUCCGUACCGUUUAUUACUAAAUCAAUUUCGAAUGUUGAGGCGUCACUAGGGCGAAUAGUUGGACAAAUUCAAUGCGAUUUUUUCCACAAACACCCGGUAAAAGCGAUGAAACGAUGCUUUGGUAUAUCUGCUUGGUUGUCGGUUACCGAUUGGUAUGAUCAGCAACUAGACUAGAAGCAUGCUGUAGGGAAUGACCAAGUGGCAAUAGUGGGCCGAUCUAAUUCAAACAUCUAUUUUGGUUGUUGUUCCGGCAAAAUGCCGCAAUAGCGAUGGAAAUUCUCAAAGAGCAAAAGAACCUAUCUGCAUUUCUCAUCGGGAAGCAUGUGCCCAAAUACAGUCCCGAUAACAACAUGUGUGUGCGCACAUAAUGAAGCCAUGAGACUGCCCUAGUUUAUAUCUUUAGUUAGAACGAAGCACAAACAAUUGCCAACUAUCUCCAGCAAGAGCACAACGGGGAACAAAAAAAAAUAGUGAAAUGCUGCUCAAUUUUGUAGCAAAAAUUUAAUCAAAUCACGCGCACGCGCUCUAGAUAUUUUUUCCACUUUUCAUUCUAUGAAGUAGUUCGUUCGUUUUCAAAAUUUGCUCAACUCUCAACCACAUCAUAAUUUAGACAAAAAUAUUAUAGUGACUGCCAAAGAAGACACCACUUUGCUAAAACUUUACCCUACAACAUCCGACGUUCAUGGGCUUCCGUUUCGAGCCACAAUAUCCACUCCUUCCGGUCGUACCACGUCUUGUUAGUUCGAAUAUACGUAAAAUACGGUAGAGAAGCACAGGAUGCAUCUACACUCAGAUCUCAGCGAAACACGACGACAAAAGGCGGUGCCACCUCUCGGACGUAUAGUGGAGAUGCGAGAGGUGAAAAAUUUAAAAUUAAAUUAAACCGUGAACCUUGUAUCCGACAAAAAAUCUAUUCCGUUGCAUUCACACCCCCAUCUGCAUUCUGACGAGAAAUUCACCGACGUUCAUCUUGGCAAUAUUUGGUGGCAUUCAGACAGGUGCGCCGAUUAGUAGAACUCCCAAAGGAAAAUAAUAGAAAGUUAGAUUGAGAUUAAAAAAAAAACACAAAAGAUCAAAAAUAUCCUCGCACCCGUCUUUCGCCUCCACGAGUGCGCCAUCUAGCCUCUCUACUAUAUCACAAUAUCCAUAUAUCCAACUGCGAUAUUGACUUGUCUUUUCAUUACCAUCGCAUCGCUUUGAUUCCCCCGCAAACCCAUCCAAUUCUACCGUGUACGCUGUGUUUAACCAACAUUUUAUAACAUCACACACAUCGCACAUAAUAUUAUCGAAUCGGUUGUAAAUGUACCAAACAAAACUGGGUUGAUACAAAGUGUGGGAAGUGAACGGGCACCAUACAAGCGAGUCAUAAACGAAUUAUACAUAUUUGUAUCGAAAAUUGUUUCAUUUCGUGCGUUUUAUCGGAGGAAAUUACCAUACAUGAUGACCGGUGUAGUGAAAUGAUUCUAUAAGUUCCACAGAC